UUAGACCAAGCUCUCGAUCACAAGUCAAGCCUGGACCCGGGCUGGGCUUGGCGUCUAGAACUCCCGAACCCCAUCCAGGUACAAUCCAGGUAUAGUCUCAUAAAAGUAGAAAACAGAGUGUUGAUGAUAUUAUGAUAAACUAUGGUAGAUCUACGCUCAACCCACCUGUUAAAUUUCAUUCAAAUAGGACUAUCCACAAUUCUGUUUUUUGCAUUACUCCAUUUCAUAUAAGCUCAUCACAUUUAUUUCGGAAACACCAACUGUAUGCUUUACUCCUGCAGGGUGUUACACAUUAGUGAGGGCGAAAAGUAAUGUUCCCUUAUCAGCACCACCUGUUGACCGGCAACGAUACUAACCUGUCACUUGACCGCGUACAGUACUUCUCUUGCCGGACCGUCCUAGCUUACCGGUCCUUGACACACCAAUGAAAGUGUCUGGUGGCGCCCUCUGAUUUCUCUAAAACUUCAUAUUCACUACACAUGUGUUAGUGAUCCCGUGGCCAGAUAAGACGCUUUGCUUCCUCAAGACCACCAGACACGACCAAUUUUCUUGGCGAUAUUCUGAAACUUUGAAGGUGUUCCAGCGCUUAUAUCGUUGUAGUGAAGAAUUCAAGGAGAAGGUGCUGCAAUGGCUGAAAGAGGAGAUGAGGAGCACCAGUUGAAGCUGGGCCUGGCCGAGGUGGCUGGAGUACCAUGGCGACCUGAGCAGCAGCAGCAUGAGGUGUCUCCCCGCCAGCCACUGAGGACGAAGAACACUGGAAACCGGGAUAAGUGUGAAGACGUGCCAGAUAGCUGUGAAUUAGUCGUUACUAGAGAGGUAGAGUCCACCAAGAAAAGACAGAUGCAAAUUACAGAUAGGAUGAACGCAAAUUGCGGUGAAAAAGCUGAUAGUGACCCACCCCGUAAAGUAAAGGAUAUGAGGAAGUUGUUCGAGGCUCAGCAAGUAGAGAAUUGCGAACGCAGCCUUAUAAAUACAGCUCGGAGGCAGAGUUAUCAUGGUGUGCAAAAUGUGAUGGGUAAAAACACGAAAGAGACAGUUCCCGACUGUGAUCACAAUCGUUGGCAGCAAUUCAAUGACAAAAAUACAAGAAUUGGGGAACCAUCUUCUGGUCAAUGUGCUUCUCGAAACGACCUUAGCACAUUUAAUCAGACACAAGAUUGUAUGGUUAUCGGAGAUUCCUCUGAACAUAAAGGCAGUGGCCUAUAUGGAGAUACGUGCAACACUACACACCAAAAGGAACAGUUUAAAGACGGUUGUCAAAGUCUUCUUUUACACAGGAAGAAUUUAGAGGAUGCAGUACAAGGGGAUAUUAUGGAUCUGCAUAAGCAUCCAAGAAUUUUGUCGCAGGACAGUCGCCUGGAUGAGAACCUAAUUCUUUACUCCAAACAAGUUAGUAACAUGCCAAUGAUUGGGCAAGAUACUGUGGGUAAUGUUCAUCAGGAAGGUGACAUGUGUGGACGUCGUGUAAAAGAUAGAGCAGCUCAUCACGUACACCAGGACGUGGCUGCUCUCGACGACCAGCAGCAACAGGACGACGACUUGGCUGCUCACGACGACCUGGCUGCCCACGACGACCAGCAGCAUCAGGACGACGACCUGGCUGCCCACGACGACCAGCAGCAUCAGGACGACGACCUGGCUGCCCACGACGACCAGCAGCAUCAGGACGACGACCUGGCUGCCCACGACGACCAGCAGCAUCAGGACGACGACCUGGCUGCCCACGACGACCUGGCUGCCCACGACGACCAGCAGCAUCAGGACGACGACCUGGCUGCCCACGACGACCAGCAGCAUCAGGACGACGACCUGGCUGCCCACGACGACCAGCAGCAUCAGGACGACGACCUGGCUGCCCACGACGACCAGCAGCAUCAGGACGACGACCUGGCUGCCCACGACGACCAGCAGCAUCAGGACGACGACCUGGCUGCCCACGACGACCAGCAGCAUCAGGACGACGACCUGGCUGCCCACGACGACCAGCAGCAUCAGGACGACGACCUGGCUGCCCACGACGACCAGCAGCAUCAGGACGACGACCUGGCUGCCCACGACGACCAGCAGCAUCAGGACGACGACCUGGCUGCCCACGACGACCAGCAGCAUCAGGACGACGACCUGGCUGCCCACGACGACCAGCAGCAUCAGGACGACGACCUGGCUGCCCACGACGACCAGCAGCAUCAGGACGACGACCUGGCUGCCCACGACGACCGACAGCAACAGGACGACGACCAGCAGCAUCAGGACGACGACCUGGCUGCCCACGACGACCAGCAGCAUCAGGACGACGACCUGGCUGCCCACGACGACCAGCAGCAUCAGGACGACGACCUGGCUGCCCACGACGACCAGCAGCAUCAGGACGACGACCUGGCUGCCCACGACGACCAGCAGCAUCAGGACGACGACCUGGCUGCCCACGACGACCAGCAGCAUCAGGACGACGACCUGGCUGCCCACGACGACCAGCAGCAUCAGGACGACGACCUGGCUGCCCACGACGACCAGCAGCAUCAGGACGACGACCUGGCUGCCCACGACGACCAGCAGCAUCAGGACGACGACCUGGCUGCCCACGACGACCAGCAGCAUCAGGACGACGACCUGGCUGCCCACGACGACCAGCAGCAUCAGGACGACGACCUGGCUGCCCACGACGACCAGCAGCAUCAGGACGACGACUUGGCUGCCCACGACGACCAGCAGCAUCAGGACGACGACUUGGCUGCCCACGACGACCAGCAGCAUCAGGACGACGACUUGGCUGCCCACGACGACCAGCAGCAUCAGGACGACGACCUGGCUGCCCACGACGACCGACAGCAACAGAACGACGACUUGGCUGCCCACGACGACCAGCAGCAUCAGGACGACGACCUGGCUGCCCACGACGACCAGCAGCAUCAGGACGACGACCUGGCUGCCCACGACGACCGACAGCAACAGAACGACGACUUGGCUGCCCACGACGACCGACAGCAACAGGACGACGACUUGGCUGCCCACGACGACCGACAGCAACAGGACGACGACUUGGCUGCCCACGACGACCGACAGCAACAGGACGACGACCUGGCUGUCCACGACGACCGACAGCAACAGGACGACGACCUGGCUGCCCACGACGACCGACAGCAACAGGACGACGACCUGGCUGCCCACGACGACCGACAGCAACAGGACGACGAUUUGGCUGCCCACGACGACCAGCGGGACGAUUUGGCUGCCCACGACGACCAGCGGGACGAUUUGGCUGCCCACGACGACCAGCGGGACGAUUUGGCUGCCCACGACGACCAGCGGGACGAUUUGGCUGCCCACGACGACCAGCGGGACGAUUUGGCUGCCCACGACGACCUUCAGCGGCAUGAAGACUUGGCUGCCAACGAUCUGCAGCAGUAUCGCGAAAACGACGAUUCGACUGUCCGCGAUGACCUGCAGGAGGAAGAGGUGGAGAUAAAAGGCAAAGUGAAUGUUUUCCAACAGCAGCUAAAGGACAACGAUGAAUUAAAGAAGGAAAUUUCGUCUCCCAGCCCACAGAAAUGUGGCAAUAACAAUUUACUUGCAAAGGGCUUAAAAUGCCGCAGUUUAACUGGAGUCGAACACCCAACUUCUGGACGUUUGGUUCGUGGUCCACAGGUUGCUGCAGUAGGUUCUGCUACCGCUGCCAGGGUAAUGUUUCACACUCCGGGUGCUGCUACCGCUUCUAGGGCCAUGGCUCGCACUCCGGGUGCUGCUACCGCAGCCAAGGCCAGAGCUCGCACUCCAGGUGCUGCUACUGCAGCCAGGGCCAGAGCUCGCACUCCAGGUGCUGCUACUGCAGCCAGGGCCAGAGCUCGCACUCCAGGUGCUGCUACUGCAGCCAGGGCCAGAGCUCGCACUCCAGGUGCUGCUACUGCAGCCAGGGCCAGAGCUCGCGCUCAUGGAGGGGCUGUUAGCUCUGCUAAAGCCAGGGAUCACACUCCAGAUGCUGCUGCCGCUACUAGGGCCAGAGCUCGCGCUCAUGGAGGGGCUGUUAGCUCUGCUAAAGCCAGGGAUCACACUCCAGAUGCUGCUGCCGCUACUAGGGCCAGAGCUCGCGCUCAUGGAGGGGCUGUUAGCUCUGCUAAAGCCAGGGAUCACACUCCAGAUGCUGCUGCCGCUACUAGGGCCAGAGCUCGCGCUCGUGGAGGGGCUGUUAGCUCUGCUAAAGCCAGGGAUCACACUCCAGGUGCUGCUACCGCAGCCAGGGCCAGAGCUCGCACUCCUGGUGCUGCUACCGCAGCCAGGGCCAGAGCUCGCACUCCAGGUGCUGCUACCGCAGCCAGGGCCAGAGCUCGCACUCCUGGUGCUGCUACCGCAGCCAGGGCCAGAGCUCGCGCUCAUGGUGGGGCUGUUACCUCUGCGAAAGCCAGGGAUCACACUCCAGGUACUGCUACCGCAGUCAGGGCCAGAGCUCGCACUCCAGGUACUGCUACCACAGUCAGGGCCAGAGCUCGCACUCCAGGUGCUGCUACCGCAGCCAGGGCCAGAGCUCGCACUCAUGGAGAGGCUGUUACCUCUGCGAAAGUCAGGGAUCACACUCCAGAUGCUGCUACCUCAGUCAGGGCCAGAGCUCGCACUCAUGGCGGGGCUGUUACCUCGGGGAAAGUCAGGGAUCGUAAUCCAGGUACAACUACAUCCGCCAUGGCUAAGACCCGCACGCCGUCGGGCGCCUCCGCCCGCACGCCGUCGGGCGCCUCCGCCCGCACGCCGUCGGGCGCCUCCGCCCGCACGCCGUCGGGCGCCGCCGCCCGCACGCCGUCGGGCGCCGCCGCCCGCACGCCGUCGGGCGCCGCCGCCCGCACGCCGUCGGGCGCCGCCGCCCGCACGCCGUCGGGCGCCGCCGCCCGCACGCCGUCGGGCGCCGCCGCCCGCACGCCGUCGGGCGCCGCCGCCCGCACGCCGUCGGGCGCCGCCGCCCGCACGCCGUCGGGCGCCGCCGCCCGCACGCCGUCGGGCGCCGCCGCCCGCACGCCGUCGGGCGCCGCCGCCCGCACGCCGUCGGGCGCCGCCGCCCGCACGCCGUCGGGCGCCGCCGCCCGCGCUUCAGUAAGGCAUGACAUUACGACUAAUCAUUGUAAAGGUUUAAAGUAG